AUGCUAUGGAUUUCAUCGCCGGGAAAAUUAUACGAGAUCUUCCCUGAUAUUUUUGAGCAGCGGAUACUCUCCAAAAUGAUGGCAACAACAUGGCGGAAGCAAAGUCUUAUAAUAGGACUUUGUGUUUUUUCAAUCAUAACCACUUUAGUGAACAAGGUUACCGAUUUUUGUUGUUUGGAAUGUAUUUUAUAUUUGAUAUAAAUUCGAUUGUUAUCUCAAUGUUUCAAGUAAAACGUCAGUGCUACAUGCACUUAGGACUGGUUGUCUUCGCUUUUUCCCUAAAGAUUCGUCAACAAAGGAUCGAUCACAGAAUAAAAUCAGCUAAACCGUAUUGACACUUUUCCGUCCGUUUGUAAUCCGCAGCACGUUUUAUCAGACCUGAGGUUUACUUAUCCAACAGUUUUUCAAAGGUGAGCCUUAAAAACCCUCAUCACAUACAUGUCAUGUACGUUCUGUACCUUUUAACUCCAAAGAGAGACCAAGAUACAGUGUCUCCCUACAGCAUUAACACAAAAUCAAGCAAGCAAGGGAUAAGAAUAAAGAAAAUUAUCAACGAGGGGAUCAGUAAUUGAUCCAAUACUAAAUGAUCUAAUUAUGCCAUCAAAAUAAUUCCAAUUUAUGUCAGCCAGUAAGGAGAAUUACUAAUGAGAUCUUGGAGUGAGAAGUAACUCUCUGAACAUAUAUUUCUUUGUUGGUCACUUAUGAGAAUCAUAACCAGUAACUUCCUGUGGCCGAUGAUUUCCUUACCCCUAGUAUAAAUAGAAUAAGGAAAUUGAAAUGAUCAUCUUACCUAGAAGAGGAAGACUGAUUAAAAAAAAAAUCAUUUUCACAGUGAAAUAAUCUUGUUUCUGGCCUCUCAUCCUCCUCUCCAGUGAUGUAUAAUUCACAUCAUAUGUGACUCCACUGAGAGACAAUCAAUAAUAUUACAUACUACAAAUACAUGUGGUUUGUCUUUUUUUGUUAUAUUUUUAGCUGGCAGACUGGAACUGUUGCCAUGGUGCUACUUUCUUUGAAUGCUCUGGGAUACAUUGAAAUCACCUUUUUACCUGUCACAAGGUACAUCUGAGGAGUUGUAGUUAAUUUUGAUAAUAACUGGUGUUAUUUAUGUUACUACAUUUAUAUAUUCACACAUCCCCUUAGCAUUUUGGUAUAAAGCUGUGUUUUUUACACAUGCACUUGUAAAAAUUUGUAUCGCUUUCCUUCUUAAAUUUACUCUUUUUUCCAUUAUUUUAGCACCACUCUUGCAUCAUGGCUGCCUGCUUCAGUGCUGUAUAGUGGAAUAAUUUAUUCAGGAUCAGUUGCUCUGUCAAGACUGGUCAGUGUUCAAAGUUUUUGUCAGAAAUAAAUGAGAUGAUCACAUAUUGAUCUGUCAAUAACAAAUAUUGAACUGAUCCUCUCAAAUAAUUAUAAACUGAUCAGAUUCCUCCUAGAAGCCUUAAAAAAUUUCCCCCUAAAACUUUUUUUUUAUUUUCAGCCAGUCUUGACCCUAUCCCUAGUCUCUAACUUAAAAUUUAUCUAAUAUUUGGGAAGCUUAGUUUGCACUUCAAUGAGGCUGAUGCUGUAUCAGGCCUUGUUUUGUGCAAUUUCUUUCUUACCUGUCACCUGUGUAGGUGUCAGUUCACAGGGACUUCCCUUCUCAAGACUUGUUUCUUCUGCUGUCAGUGUUAAAUGGGAGUCUUAACCCUUUAACCCCUAAGAGUGACUGGCAUCUAAUUUCUCCUUACCAUAUCACCCCAAGUAGCUGAUCACUGACUAAAGAAGCUCUUGAUUGUUGAAAAAUUCUCCAUGUUAGCAUCUUAGGAAAUGUCUAGAGAACAGUAUGGAGAAUAUGCAUAAUGAUGUAAGGGUCCUAAGGGUUGAAAGAAGACACCUUGAGAGUUAAUGGUUACAUGCAUAUCUCAAACGUUUCCUAUGUAGAUGUUUUUGUGGUCAAACAUGGGAAACUUUCUUUUUUCCUAUCUGUCUUUUCCUAAAACAGCCAGUUCCAGUUUUCUGUACCAUGUGUUACUUAAAAACAUUGUUGGUGGCAUUAUUAGAAUCCUUCAUAUUUAAAAAGGUGAGUGUUUGAACUAUUACAUUGUAUGUGCACACUAAUUUACAAUGCAGCUCUUGUUUUUAAGUCAGAAGCAACAUUAUUAAACAAUUUAUUAUUAAGUAAUGGUAACUGUUUGUGAUUGCUAAGAGAGCAACUUGUUGCAAGCCAAUCCCAACUGACUUGCCAGCUGUUUUCACUAUAAUGGCUCUCCAACAGUUACCUAAAGUGAAAUACACAUGGACGUUAACAUUGAAGCUAAUGAUCACUUCACACAUGAAUGUUCAUAGAUAUAUGACAUUCCAUGCAAAAAAGUUGGUUGAUGAAAUUCCCUCUUGACAGUUGAAGCACCAGUAGGGUAUAUAAAACAGUAACAUGUUGAAAGAGUUACACUGUAAAAAUUCCUUGAAAGGGGUAGGAAGAGGACUAAUAAAAAAUAAAAAUAAUUUAUAAUAAUAAUAUAAUAAUAAAAAUAAUAAUAAAAUCCAAAUUCCUCCAAACUCCAACUCCUGAAUUAUUGUGGAGAUGCAGUGGCCUUUGUACUCCCUUGGAUCAAGAGGUCAUGGCAAAAGUCCUGGGCAGGCUAUAAUUGAUCAUUGUAGGGUAUAUUUGAUCAUUUGGUAAUUGAAACCAGUUUGGUAUUGGAGAUGCCCAAGCCUUGGCAGAGUCUUUGUGUUGUGUUUUAGAGCAAGACACAGGACUCUCCCUUUGUCUCUUUUACCCAGCAGACUAAAGAAGUACCAGAAAAUUGCUAAUCCUGAUCAAAUACUGAGAGGUAAUAACCUGCUACAGUAGAGUAGUAUCUUAUCCGGGUGUAGGGGGAAGGAAGGAAGUCCUUUUCUGCUUUAAUGAGAGUUCUUGGCUCUAGAGAACCAAAUACUUUUUUUGUAUACAUUAAGUAUUUUAGACUUUAAAGAGGAAAUUUGUUGAUCAAAAUCAAAACCUUUCUUUCUGCAGGAGCCAUCAACAAAUUCACAAUUCAGGUGGGGUUAUGAUCAUAAUUUGUCUUUCAGGCCUUCAUUGACCCACUUUUCAAACAGAUCCAUACAAUAAUAAAUUGCUUCUGUCUCAAAUAUUUUAUUGCGUUUUUGAAAUAUUUAUCCUGAAAAUGUAAAAGCCUCAACAUUCCCCCCUUCUUGGGGAACCCUGGCAUAUUUGACCUUUGUCCAUGCACAGGGUUGAGGAAUUUGAACCUUGUCUGGCUGGGAUGGAGAAUUUAAACAUAGAGUGUCAAGUCUUUUCAGUGGAAUGCAAGUGAUUUACAGUUAAAUAUGGAGUUGCAUAAUAGUAAAUAGUUUACUAUUGUAAAUAAUUUUUACCUUGGGGCAGGAAUUUCAACAAAUAAAUCUUCUUUAGUUCAAAUGCUAUUAGGGAAGUUGCCAGGGGAAUAAGACUUUGAUAAAAAUUCAGCUGUUUCUAAAAUGGAUUUUAUUUCCUUUUCAGUUUGAUAUUUACAGCUAUUGCAACAGUAUCUGUCGCAGGAACUGAUGUGCAGGUAAUUUUAUAUACCUGAGUGUAUUUUCUUAUUUCUCUUGUAAAUAUGUAUAUAAAAACAUUAAUUAGUUACAUGACUGUGUAUAACUUAAAUGUUUGUGUGUCCUAGACAAGGGUUUAUUCAUUCAUUGUAUUUCACUUCUUGUUAGUUUGAUCAGAUGGGAUACAAAUGGCUUAUGAUUCAUUCUGGACUUUCAGGCAAGUAUUGCUGAGAAAUUUAGGUUUAUAAUGGGUACUAGAAAGCUGUUGGAAAACCCUGAUGAAAUGGCAGAGGAUGGGGGUGUGAGUAACCUGCAAUGGACUGGCAUAAUCCAAGUGGGAGUAGCAGUACCCUAAGUUACCUCAUGCCACUGAAACUGGAAAAAGCCCUCGCUAGAUGGACCCUUAAACUCCCAAGGUCUCAUUAGUGAUUCUCCUUGCUGUCUCUAUACAGUUCUUGUGAUGUUAGUUUGGAGAAUCUGAUAUUGGAUCAAAUAAUUAUCCCCAGGUUGAUAGUUUUCUAUAUUAUCAUCACUUGUCUGCUUGAUAUUGUAUUGAUAUUGUAAAGAGAAAUUCUGUAUUGGGAGUUAAAGGUUAACUUAAGGGCAGGCUUUUCCAUUUUCCAACACUUUUACAUAGAAGUUUCGCAGAGAUUAAUCCUUUUUUAUUUAGGAUGUGUGUUUCAAAUUAUCAAUUUGGUUGAAACAAGGGUCUGUAUUUUUUUCCAUGCAGUCAGUGAAUAUAUCUAGUUUGUUUUCAUAGAUUCAUUUAGUAUAGCCAAUUUCCAAGUUUUUAAGAUAUUAAGAGUAUUCUAUUAACUUACCAGAUGGUUUUGUAAUUUAUAUAAAUAAUAAUAAAAUUACAACUGUCCUGUUAGGUGACCAUUUCAUGUCUCUGUCUUUCAUUCCAGCCAUUUAUGUAUAUUAUGGAAAAUCCCAAAAUAAGAAUUCAUUAAAUGACUUGGAUAAAUUAUUCUACAAUGCUGUUGUGAGGUUUGUCUAAUUAUUGUCUUUUGCUGAUUGUUUUUCUCUAUGCAAUGAAAAUCUUGAUUCUUAUUAAUAAGUUUCAUGGAUGCUUUUGAUGCUUUUGUUCUUUGUCAUUAUUUUGGCUCCUGUUUCUUUAGUCUUGUUCUUCCUAAUUUUUCUUUGAUCUGUGAAAAUGAUUGACAGUUUCUACAGUCUAAGGCAACUUUUCCAGUGUAUUGUGGUUUCUUUAUGUUGUCAUGUUCUACAUUUGUGACUGGUAAUGGACUUUCAUUAGCAUCUCUAUAUCUGCAGAUCAGAAUCAAGUAUCUGAUGAUUUUAAGGAAAUAGAGCUUCUACUAACAGUAAUUAUGCACCUUGAGUUUGGUGUUGUUGUCACUUUUCUUGUUAUUGUUGAUGUUGUGUCUUGGGCUGGUAUUCAAUUGAGAUAUAGUAUUGAAUUAAUAUUUUUCUUCUGUGGUUUUUUCACAGUGUAAUUGUUUUGAUGGGAAUCAGUGUUUUAACAGGUAAGAAGAGAAACUCUUUUUGAAUAUAACUUUGAGCAAACCAUUCAAAUCCGUUAGGGUAGUAGCCUGACAAAGGGCUAAUGCUCAAAUCGUCAGCUUUGAAACUCUUUAUGAUGGCCAAUUUACUCUCCACAACUCUUUGACAAAGCUAAAUUACCCUGUUAUAUUUUCCCACUGAUGCAACAUUACAGUUUCUUCAGAAACUUACCCCCAAAGAUUCAAAGCAUUGAGUAGAAGGAGCUUAAUUAUUGGGGGAGUGGACUUCUCACACUGGCUCCCCAUUUUUUAUUGGUUCAAAACCAAGGGACCUUGAUGCUCAUUUCCUGAAACUAAUGAGAGCACUCUCACAGGCUUUCCAGGUAUAUAAAUGCUAAAUGUUACAUACCUACUACACUUUUUUUGAUGGUGGAAUCAUCUUUUGUCUGGCCUCACUUUGAAACGUAUAGACAAGUUUGACUUAAUGCCAAUUAUGAUCUCUUCAUUUGUACUUCUCUCGGUGGAGUUCUGUAGAUUUCUGUAGAUGGUACUUGUGUCCUGCAGCCUUUGUGGCUCCCAGUACCUCCACAUUUCACCUAAACCCUCUCCAUGUAGCCAGUGCAUCCCUCUGUCAGUUGAUUGAUCAUAGAGCUGUUUCCAAGUAACACAAUAAAAUAAAUUGUUCAGAUCACCCAGAAAACAAUGAUGUCAAGUAUAUUACAGAAACAUGAUGCAAGCAUAUGGGUUUUUUUUUUUUUAAAUUUUAGUUGACUUUGUUUUGUUUUGUUUUUUUCGUGCAGGUGAACUUUACAAAAUAAUUGAGUUUCCUUUCCUAUAUUCCACACACUUUCACCUUGGGUGCAUGGGAAGGUAAGCAGUCUUUUGCAUAGAGUCCCUAAAUGCAAUGCAGGUAGUUGUAGCUACAGUGUUGAUCAUCAGACUAUAUUAUCAAAAUCUAAGUGAAAGCUAAUACUCUUUAACCCUUUAACUCCCAAGAUCUCAUUAGUAAUUCUCUUUACUGUCUGCUAUAUAGUUCUUGCAAUGUUAGUUUGGAGAAUUUGGUAUUGGAUCGUCUUCUCGGAUAGGACUUAAAACCGUAGGUCCCAUCUCCUGCAGGGUUAGGGGUAGGAGACGUUAAUUUCCCACGCACGAGAUUACUGUGUGAUGGAUGUCCUCCCCUGGGGUGGGAUGGGUGGGUAUUUAUUGGGGUUGAAUAUCAAUUGGGACAUCGUCCUGUUUUCUUCUCCAGUUGCCGAUACUAUUCUGUACGUGUAAAAAAUUUCAAUAAAGGAUAAAGGAUAAAAGGAUCAACUAAUAAUCCUUAAUUUAAUAUAUAUUUUUUUCAUUCUCAUCACUUGCCUGCUUGAUAUUGUAUUGAUAUUGUAAGGAGAUAUUCUGUUUUGGUCACUCAUGAGAGUUAGAGGGUUAAAGUGUCGCUUUUGAAACAAAAUAACUGUUGCAGCUCUCCUCUUCGUCCAUUUUAUUUCAGUGGUAUAUUUGGAGCAGCACUUGGGCUGAUAAGAGUGUCUCUGUUAGAUACAGAAGUUUCCUAUUCAUUGGGAAUAAUUGAUAGCCUUAAUAAGGUCAGUAGAUUCCAAUACCUAGGCAUUUUUUACUUAGUCCUGGUUUAGUGUCUGAGCCAAAAAAAUUAUUGUGAGCGUGAUGAUAGAGGUAAACAGAAAACAGGAAGAUAAACUGUUUUUAAUGAUUUUUCGGAUAAACUUCAAAUAACGAUCUAGGGAGGUAGAGGGAAAAAAGUCUUCAUUUUGUUCGCGUGAGUGCAAAUAUUUUGACUUCAGAGCAGAAGUGGCUUGAAGUGUUUGUUCGUGACCUCUUUGCUUUUCAUGCACCAACAGGAAAAUCCAAGCAGCGUCACGAAUUUCGCAUUACUUCGGUACAAGGGUUGGUUAUCGUUUGAGGAAUAACUGAAAGUAGUUUCAGAAUUUUUUGGGUUUCGCCACUUGCCACUCUUCUCUGUGGACUUGGAACUAAGUAUACUGGUCCAAGUUAAGCGGAUACAUCCCCCCCCUCCCCCAAUACGAUUAAUUCUGCUCCUCACCCCUCCUUCCAGAAAACGCCUAUGAAUAAUUUGGUAAAAAAAUGUGUCAAUAAAAUUGGAAACUUCAACCCCAUCCCCUGCCCCUCCUCCCAGACAACCUGCUUGGGCAUUUGAACUUUUGAAGGCUGGUCUGUGCAAUUCUUGCCCCAACCUCUCCUGGAGCUUGAUGUGAUGGUCAUUUUUUUUGUAAUAGGCAAACUCAGAAAUCAUGGCUUUCUACGCACGGACCAAUCCUUAAAACUUAGACCUUUUCUUCUGCCGAGCCAUUCGCUCACGAAGGUGAAUUUAUACCUUUAAUCACCUCCUUAUUUAAAGAUAAAACACUUUUAUCCCGCUGGGAAGACUUAACACUUCCGGUUCAAAUUCUCCACCCCAGCCGGGCAAGGUUUAAAUUCCCCACCCCACGUGUAAAGACAAUAGUCAGAUGCCCGUAGAUCGCCCGGGGGGUGGAUGUUGAACCUUUAGAAUUGAUCGGUGCACGAUUGUUUCGUUGAAACAAUUGAUCGAUGAUAGUUAGGACUUGGAUAACUCUACUACUCCACAGGUUGCCAUAUCGUUUCUGUCACUGUUUAUUUUCGAUGUCACCCUUGACAGUAACAUGGCUGUGAGGUAAAAUGGAUGAUUCCUUUUUAUUUUGUUAUGUAUUUUUUCUGAUUUAGUAUUUAUCAUUAAUUAGUAAAGCCGUGUAGCUAAGGAAGUGUUUUGAGAUUAGGACUAGUAUAAACAGGUUUUAAAGCUCGUCUUUGAGACGCAGCUGGUUGAACUUAUGUAUUAAAUCCUUACAACGGCACCUGUGAGUGACAUGUUCAUAGCUUCGGUUCACGCCACGUUUUGCAAGAACAGGAAGCACGCUUUGACGUUUUUGCCACGGGAACCAAACGAGAGUAUUGUAAUUUAAUUUCAAAAGGAACACGUUUUUUCAUAACAAAGCCGAACGACAUUCGGCAAAAAAAAUGCUGGCCUCAGUGAUCUCGAGUUAAAACGUUUUUUUAAGUGCUUGUAGGCAACGAAUGCCUCUUUCUCUAAUUUUUCCGCCUAGACGUAAUUUUUUCAAAAACAGAACUUUUAAAAUUACAACCAUACCGAUAAAAUAGAUGGCAUCCUGCAAAAAAAAUCAAGGUCCUCGUAAUUUUCAGCGCUUUUGCACCACAGUAUGCCCUUGAAAGGUAGCACAAUGCAAGCACGGUACAGUAUGAGGCACAGUGCAAUAUGGACCACAGUGCCAUAUAUCGCAAUAACAGUAGAAUAACCCCGCAUAGAUCGGUCUGGUCAGUCAAUUCUGCCGGAAAGAUGAUUGACUGCGUCAAGAUGUGAAAGUCUCUCGCAUGAUGUUUAUCGCAUUGAUUCUGAGAUAUUAUAAUAACAAGAAAUUUUUUAUGGUAUUUUUCGUUCCCAGCAUCAUCGCAGUCCUUUGUAGUGGAGUACUUUAUUCGUACACAGUCACUGUUCAGGAAGAAGCCGAACAACGCACUGCUCAUCCAGUCCGUGACAGUUAG